AGUGUGAACGGGCGACAAACCCUUUUAGGCUGUAUUUAAAGGUCAAACGUGAAUCAUUAGAACGUUUUAAUAAAAUUUAAAUUCUAAUAAAAUGUUUUCUAUUUAUAUUAAUAUAGAAUUUAAGAGGACUGAUAAAGUAGUCGGCGGAUAGAAGACAGAGGGAUUAAUGCCUCAGGUUACAUGUGACUUGAAAUAAUCUCUCUAUUAGCCUGUUAGCAGCUAGUAACACAGCACAACUUCCUGCUGCCCUCAGCGGCGCUAAUAUGAGUCUGGACAUGGGAUACUAAUAUUACUUACGAGCCUCACAGACACAAACGCGGAUUCUUCGAUGCAGACAUUUAUCUGAUCAAUGGACUCUGAGAGUGAGACUGGGUGAUAAUAUCAUCAUGCCAUCAGCGAAGCUGCUGAAGAAUGCCCAGUACAUUGAAUUGGGCAGUUACCAGUAUUGGCCAGUUCUGGUGCCCAGAGGAAUCCGCCUGUACACUUAUGAGCAGGUGCCGGGAUUCCUACGAGAAAAUCUUUAUAUCACUGAUGGCUACAGAGCCUAUCUGACCUCUAGACUGUGCAUUAAAAGCCUUUUCAUUCUGUCCAAUGAGACAGUAAACAUCUGGAGUCAUCUGUUGGGGUUCUUCCUGUUCUUCACGCUGGGAGUUUAUGACUUGUUGGCAGUGCUGCCUAUGUUAGGAGCGUCCAGAGAGGACUAUGUCAUAUACUCCAUAAGCCUCUUCUGCUUCCAGGUGUGCAUGCUGUGUUCUGUGGGCUAUCACCUGUUUUGCUGCCACCGUUCUGAAAAAACCAGCCGCCGCUGGAUGGCACUGGAUUAUGCUGGGAUCUCCAUAGGAAUCAUAGGCUGUUAUGUUCCAGGAGUGUUCUAUGCGUUCUACUGCAAUAACUACUGGCGGCAGGUGUACCUGGUAACCGUUCUGGCCAUGAUGCUGGCAGUGUUCUUCGCCCAGAUACACCCUCAUUACUUGACCAAGAAGUGGCAGAAGCUUCGCUCUGUUAUAUUCUGUGCUGUGGCGGGAUAUAGCCUCAUCCCCACCUUUCAUUGGAUCUGGCUCAGUGGGGGUUUCAGCUCGGACAUAGUCCAGGAAUUUGUUCCCAGAGUGCUGAUAAUGUAUGUACUUGCUGUAGCUGCUAUCAUCUUCUACAUGUCCAAAGUUCCAGAGCGUUAUUUUCCAGGUCAGCUGAACUACUUGGGCUCCAGCCAUCAGGUCUGGCACAUAUUGGUGGUGCUCAUGUUCUACUGGUGGCAUCAGUCUGCACUUUUCAUAACCAACUAUCGUCACGCUCACCCUUGCUCAGACUACCCUCUUCAUUCCUAGAGAUGCGGGACCGAGGGACAACACUGAGGACUGUUAUAUAGCAUUUUAAUUGAUCUGAAAGCUUGAACACAUUCAGUGUUUAUAAAAUAUGAUUGCAAGGUGUAUGGAUUUAGUUUUUUUUUUUUAAUUAUCUAUCCUUUUUGACACUUUUUAUACAUUUUGUAAAAGUGCCUAGAUGUUUCAGUAUAACUACAAUUUAAACGCACUUGAGGUAAGCAGUGUUAGGCUUUUAAAAGCACUUUUACAGCGUCUGCAUGUGGGGGUUUCUACAUCUAUACAAAUGUACUUCUUGGGUAACAUGCAGGUUAUGUGAGCAAAACGUCUGUUACAUGAUAAUAGUUAAACAUUCAGUAUUGUAUCGUUAGUUCAGUACUAUUUUGGUGUUUACUUUUUGUAUUUGCACCUAAAAUUCAACGAUUCACAAGCUUAAUAGUAUCACACUUAUGAUUUAUGUUGGGUUUGUGUGAACAUGACUUUUUAAAUAAAUGUACAUGUCAUAAAGUCUUAUUUAAAACAUUGAAUAAAACAAAGAGAUUUGAUAGGGCUUGUUCAGUGAUUGGUGAAAUAAGCAAAUGUUUUACAUAAGUGGAAAAUAUAUUUUGAAAGUUGCUCCAUGUUGUAAUACACACAUCAGUAUUAUUUAUAUUGAUGUAGAGAUGACUCCUCGUUUACCAUUUGCUUUUGCUUAGUCUGUUACUAACAAUGGCAAUUUAAAAAUCCUUCCAUACAAUUAAUGCAUUUAACACUACUCUGUAUAUUGCAUUUCAUCCAUUUGUAAUCUAAGAUAUCAAGUCACAAAGUUAUGACUAAUGUGAAAGCUACAUGUUUUCAGUUCAUUUUCUGCCUGUACAGCUGUAUAAUUGCAUUUUUUUUAAGGUCGUACAAUGUGUAUUUUUAGUGCUUAAUGGUAGCGUGAUGUGCUGUUACUGAAUCAUGAUGCUUCAUUAUGUAACACUAGUUUAAUUUAUUUUUUACCACAUAUGGGAUGGUUGGGAUAUGUGUUCUUCGGUACACCUGAUUAAACAUUCACUUUGUCCUUCUCAACUGCAGUUUUAAUUACAGUUCUUUUAAUAAAAGAGCGGGACUCAUGAUCUCCAAAAAAAUCUUUUAUUGCAUUGUUAGAGUGUAGUACUACAUAAUAAUAAAAAAAGAAUCUUGCAAUGUUUGAAAAAAAAGCUUUUUUGGUCUUGAAUGUUCCAACUGCAGAUACUCAUUGAGUGUAAAAUUGUGAUACUCUUCAUGACUUUGAAUUUUUAAAUUUGCUUCCAAACAAGUGACUGGUAUAUAGGCAAAAUUGCAAUGAGCUCAUUCUUUAAUUCUUUUCCCUUUCCACAAGAGCAAAUUGUUCAUGAUUGUAGGUUACAGACGUAGUGGAACACCUAAUCAUUUGGUAACAUCAAAUAUGUUAAGUUCAGGUUGGUAAACUAUUUCUAUGCGAGUUACGACAUUGUCUAAUAAACUGCAAGUUUAACUUC